AGACGGCACCAGAGGUGAGGGGGCACAGUGACCGAGGUGGCCGGGCCGGGCCCCCUCAGGCCCCCCCGUGGCGCCGACGCUGUUAGCCUAAGAUAUCUAAGUCCACUAAAGGAGGGAGAUAAUUUCCCCAUCUGGCAUCUAAACUCUGGAAUAGUCUUCCUGCUAAUGUCGGGGGCUCAAACACACUCUCUCUGUUUAAAUCUAGAUAUCUCUUCAGCCAAGCAUUCGCAUAAUGAAUCUCAAUCUCACCCUUGUUCCCAUAGAUCAGAUAAAAGUCACAAACAUAUUUUUUGCUUGAAACGUUAUGAACAGCAGCUAUGCUAAUACUUUUCUAUCUGCCUUUCUGUUCCUACCCCGGGAUACCCAUCUCGAGGUAUAAAUUACGCCUGCUCCAGCGUGGAUCCAGCCUCAUUGAAAGACUUCAGAUGAUCCAACGCCUUUGAAGAGAUGAUGCUGACCCCAGCGAGGACCCCCGAUGACGCCAACUUGAAUUGACAAGCACAGAUGCCAAAAUCUCUAUAUUGAGGAAGCAGGAGUUGACCUGCCCCAGCCGUUGCCCUCUGGGCCCAGUGCCUUUAUCCAAAUUGAAGAGAUUCUAGAAGAAGGGGCAGCACAGGAGGUGAUGUCAGAGGCUCUGUUGUCAGAAGGACGUGUAGACCAUAUCAACAUGAUGAUGGGGCUACAUCCCACCUACCUGACCUGCUUCCUGCGAACACAGAAUGCUUUGCUCCAGCUGGAUGGCCCUCUGCCUCUGUCAUGGAGACAUUUUAUUAUCAUAUUGGCGUCUGCACGUCACCAGUGCUCGUACCUAGUGCAGCAUCACAGCUCUGCUUUUCUGCUUGCUGGCGGAGAUGAGUCCUGGCUUAGAGGACUUCACUGUGCACCACCCAAAAUACAGCACCUAAAGACGCUCAACAAACUGCUUGCACACAGACCCUGGAUCAUCACCCAGAAACAUAUACAGGAGUUAGUUUGUCCGGGUGCAGAGGCUCGGUGGUCCCUGGCAGAACUGAUUCAGGCUAUUGUUUUGAUGAGCCAUGCCCACUCUCUAGCCUCAUUUGUUUGGGGUUGUGGUAUUCUCCCAGAGCCCGAGCAGUCAGGAGAUCAGUCGCUCCAACUGGGUUCACCCACAGAGUCCUGUUCUGCCCGAGACAAGAGCAGAAAUCAGCAAGAGUGGUCUGAGGCUGUGAACGAGGUUAAGCUUUUGAUGGAGAAGAUGAUGAUGGUUCAGCAGCAAGGUGAAGAGUUUACACAAGAAGAGAUGGUUACUCGCUUUGAAAGAGAAAGGACUGAGAGUUUGCUGGAACCUGCUGAUGUUCAGCGGUGUGUCCUUCCUGAUUGUUUCUCGCGGUUUGUUGUGGAUGCAGAUUUUACUUACCAGGAUUUUAGUCCUAGAGGAAUGCAGGCCCCCCCAACCAUGAGAGCUCAGGACUAUUCGUGGGAAGAUCACGGUUUCUCUCUUAUGAACAGGCUGUAUGGAGAGAUGGCACAGCUUCUGGAUGAGAAAUUUCAGGUGGUGUGUGCGCUCACGUAUCACACCAUGGCCAUGCACUCACAUGUGGACACCUCCACACUCCGCAAAGCCAUCUGGAACUACAUUCACUGCAUCUACGGCAUCAGGUAUGAUGAUUAUAAUUAUGGGGAUGUCAACCAGCUGUUGGAACGCAGUUUAAAAGUGUACGUUAAGACAGUGGCUUGUCACCCGGAGAAAACCACAACAAGAAUGUACUUCUCUUUUUGGAGGCAGUUCCGCCACUCGGAAAAGGUCCAUGUGAACCUGUUACUGAUGGAGGCACGACUGCAUGCAGCUUUACUUUAUGCUCUCAGAGCAAUUACACGCUACAUGACCUAAUAUGCGCACAAGAGCUUUAAAACGGGAUGACCUGUAUACACUAUUAUACUCUGAUUGUAGCGUGUGUUGAGACACAAAUUGCACACAAUCACACUCUAAAAGUGCAAAGUCUCAAGAGCAAUUUAGUUUCAUUUUCUCUUUUCUUUGCAAUAUUUUAGGCUUAUGUGGGCUGGUUGAUCAGCUGCUACUGGAUCAUGAUUGGAUUUGGGAGACAGCGAAUUUUGCACAUGUCCUAUGAGUAAAUUUGCUCGUUGUGGUCUUUCUCUUAUCAUACUGUGAAUGUGUCUUUGCCCUGCUGCAGUAUUCUGUUCUGUUUGUUUGUGCAUUUUGAUGAAUGUUUAUAUUCACUAAGAUAUUGACAAUGUUUAUAUUGACACUAAGAACUCUACAUUGCCUAUUUCUCUCUCAGAUUGAGAGCUGAGUUAAUGUGGGCUAAAAUGGAUGAAAAAGCACAUUUGGUUGUUUUUUGUGCAUUUUUAUGUAUAAUAAAAUAUUUUACUAUGACAUUACUAUUUUAUUUGUUUGUAUGUAAUGUCCACAAGGCAAAUUCCACAAAUGCACUUUUGCCACAUGUCCCAUGAUUUUUUUAAGCAAUAAAGGCAUGUUUUUGUUAGCCCCCAAA